AUGAAUCAAGCACCAGUAUCGUGUAUUCCAGCCGGGAAGAUGUCAAAGGCGAAGAAGGUGCUCGAUGAGGCCCGCGAGAUCCAAAAUCCUGAGCUGGAUCUCGCGGACAAAGGCAUCUCAACGUUCGAAGAGAUGUCUGGAUUACUUAAUAUGAUUAAUAUAACUAGACUGACUUUAAGUCACAAUAAGAUUCAAGCUGUACCACCAGGGCUUGCCAACUUGGUCAAUCUAGAGAUUUUAAAUUUAUUUAAUAAUCAUAUUACUGAACUUCCUAUCUCUCUAUCGCAGAUGCCAAAGUUGCGGAUUCUCAAUGUUGGAAUGAAUAGGUUGGAUGUACUUCCACGUGGGUUUGGUGCUUUCCCGGUCUUGGAGGUGUUAGAUUUGACAUAUAAUAAUUUGAGUGAAAAGAAUUUACCAGGGAACUUUUUUAUGAUGGAAACAUUGAGAGCACUUUACUUGGCUGACAAUGACUUUGAAUAUUUACCACCUGAAAUUGGACAAUUAAAAAAUUUACAGAUACUUGUAUUAAGGGAGAAUGACUUAAUAGAAUUACCAAAAGAAAUUGGAGAACUAACACGACUAAGAGAAUUACAUAUUCAAGGGAAUCGAUUGACUCUAUUGCCUCCAGAAAUAGGAAAUUUGGAUUUAGUAAGUAAUAAGGCUGUAUUUAGAAUGGAGUUUAAUCCAUGGGUGACGCCAAUUGGUGAUCAACUUCAAGUGGGUAUAUCUCAUGUCAUGGACUACAUUCGAUCCGAAACGUAUAAGUAUGUGUACAAUAGACAUCAGUCAGCCAAAGGACCACCACCGCCAAGUGAAAACGACAAGAGUAAGAAAGUAUCGCGUGUUCGUUAAGUUAAAACCAAAAACAAUUUACACCAAAAAUUUAUUUUAAAUUAUAACAUAACUUAUCUUAAUUCACUCACUGCCAGUAACCCGUAACUAAUAAUAUUCCCGAAAUAAAAAUGGUGCCUUUACUAAUGUACAACUAACCUAUAUUUUUAUUAUGCAUUUCAAGUAUUUGUAUAGAAAAAUAAUAUAGGAAUUAAGUUAUGCUCUAGAAAUAUGUAAUAUAUUAUUCUAUUGUCUACAUUUGUUAAAUGAUAUUUUUGUAACGACUGGGUAGUAAGUAACAUGUGUAAUAAAUUAUAUUUUAGAAUAAAUUGCUUUUAAUUUAGUAGUCAUUACAAAAUUAUUCACAUAUCGUUAUAUAUCAUGUUAAAGAUCUUUAUGCAGAUUACAAUAACGUUUAUGUUUUAUGCUUUUAGUUACGUGUAUCAUAUUUCAAUGGUGUUUAGAUUAAUCCAUUCUAUAAACAUAUAUUAACACUUCUAACAACCUAACGUUCAAUAACAGAACACUUUACUAUUAUUUUAAUUAAUUAAUAAAUAUACGUAUUGCAUUAAAAUAUUUAUAGCAAUAAAUUAAUCAUUGGGACAUACUAAAAGUAAAAAAUAAUCGACGAGGAUGGGAUUCGAACCCACGCGUGCAGUGCACAUUGGAUUAGCAGUCCAACGCCUUAACCUCUCGGCCACCUCGUCCAACGAAACAAUUGUCAAAACUGUUCGUAGAUUAGGGUUAAAUACCCUUAACGAAUCAAAAGAAAUACUACAAUGUAUUGAUAUUUAAUAACAUACCUACUAACACAAUAAUUUAAUGAUAUAUGUAAAAAUGUACUAGUUUAAAUUAUUCCUCAAUUUUUUCUAACUCCCUAAAUGUGUUGGUAUGAAUGAAUUAAUGAAAUAUUAAACAAAUAUUAUAAAGAAAAUGCACUAAUUACUAGUAUACUCAUUGAUCUUGCUGUCUUACUAUGUAGAAGUCAAUAUAAUCCAAUCAGCACCGGUAAAUGUGAAAAUGAGAACUGUGUCGAAAAUUAUAAUCUCUCUUCUUCUGCAACAAGAUGGAAUCUAGUUGACAUAACAAAUUUAUUCGUUGUAAUUUAUAUAUUGUUCACUUUCUUUAUGUUUAUUCAUGCGCUAGAUUUAUUAAAUAAUAUUUUUUCUAUUAUGCAUGUAAAA